GAACACUUGUCACAAAACUGGACGUUGAUUCUAAGAUGGUGAGUUCCAACUUUAGUUUCGUACAUUAGUCACUCUGAUGGUUGUUCAUAAAAUAUAUUUUAAAAAGUAUAAUUGUAGUUAUCACCCGUAUCCCGAAAUGUUUUUGAAAAAAAAUUCGUCGACGGAAAAUUGAUAGACGGAAGUUUGAUCGAACCGAAAUUUGAUCGAAAGGACGUUUGAUUUAACGGAAGUUUGGUCGAAUUUUUUUUUUCAGUUCACAAGAUCUAAUUUAGCGUCAAGUUUCUUUUUGACCGCAUUAUUUUGUUUUACUAUAUGGUACUAGAAUAUAUGAUCCGAUGUUAUCGGGAUAAUAAUGGUAGGUCCUUUGCGAUAAUUUAUACCUGCUUUUGCAAAAACUCAUCACAAUUCCAAACUUCAAAAAAAGAAGUAUCUAUGUAAUGAUCUUUAUGUUUCUAACAUUAAGUUUUGAGAAGUAUUUAUCUGUUAUAUAUUAUACGGUUUCCCUACUCCCUUUCAGGCCUUUUAGCUUUUUUUCCCCUCUAAACAUGACCUUAAAUAUCCAUUCUAAAUUAUCGCUAAUUAUAUCACUUUUGUCACUAAAGAAGUUAAUUGAGGGACGAUUUUCACCCCAGAUUUAAAUAAAAUUAAUAAAAUCUUCCAAUCGGAUUGUAGUCCCUUCCUACCCAAACUAACAUAUUUUGCACUUCAUUUGGUUUGUUCUUUUUUGGAUGAGUUACAAGUGGGCUAGUGAAUGCUAUUUUGGCUAUGGAGUUGCGCUGCACUGAUUGACUAAAACGGCAUUUUCUCAUUAGAAGUAUUUUUAAAAGUUAAGUUUUUAUUACGUUAUACAUUCAAAAAAAAGUAUAUUUUUGGAAUUUUAAAAAGUAACAACGUAUUAAAAGUUAAAAAUACAGAGCUAAAAUGUGCGUGUGUUUUAUUAACAAUUUAAAAAGCAAUCAAUUUUAUUUAUUAAUUUUACUUUUACGCAGGGGAAAAUCCAUUUUCAGUUUAGUGACGCGCGGUUAUUAAAUCAAAGAAACGUAUGAGUUUUGGCUAACAUAGGCCAAUCGCACUGUGAAGUCAUUUGCGUCUUUAUUUAGAACAAAUUAAUUUGAAUUUUAUUUCGAAAUAUUAACAACGUACUAAAACACGCACUAAAAAUCUGAUGUUUGGGUUUUUUUCCCAAAAAAAGGGAUUACGGUGUAAUUCUUAAGAAACAAAACCUAAAGCAUUUGUGUGUGUGUAUUCAGCUAUUUUACUUUUAAUACGGAUGUUAUAAUGCACGGAGCCGUCUCGAGAUUUUAGGAGCCCCCCCUCCCCGAGGUUGGCUUUGCGGUCGGGGAGGUGCCCCUUCCCCCCCCCCACCCACACACUUUCGCACGGGCCUGACCCCUGCAUUCAAAGUUGAUACUGUACUUUUUUAUCCUACAUCACAACUUUGUACUCCUUACAUUUCGAGACCCCCUGCGGGGGUUGCAGGACUGACGCAACGCCCUGGUCAUGCUUAAACGCGAUUAACACAUUUCUUUUUUUUAAUAAAUCUAGUUACUAGAAAAUUCUGCCUUUAGUAUUGGCUAUCAAUGAUGAAGAAUGGCGAAAUGGCAUGUACGAUAAUGACCAUUAUUUGAGGCUAUGAUAUAUGGCUAGAACCGAACACGGCUUCUGAGACAGAAAGAUUGUGAUAACGAGCGUAUUUUAAGUAGAAAAUAGCCAGUUUCCCGAAACAAUCAUUUAUUUUGAUUUUUGCGAGUUUCAUGUGGUAAUUUUACACUUUGUCUGCUACAUCCCCAAUAUAAAAAUUCUAUCCCUCACCCUAUUUAAUGCAUCCUAACAUUGUUAACUCUUCAACAGCCUGGGGUUAGCAACUUACAACAAACUUUCAAACCACGAAACAUCCGACUAUCACAGAAUGGCAUGAAGUCAAUAAUUUUUGUUUUGGAUUUGCUAGGAAGGGGGGGGGGGGAAUCCGUGUGCAACUACACUGAACAACUCAAAUACAUCGUGAACUAAAUUUAGAUACAGAUACAUUCAUUGUUUGGAUAACAUGGUGAAGUUUUUUUUAUUUUUUUUAAAAAAGUUUUAUAUGAUCAUAAAUAGAAAAUCUCAUGAUAAAUAUUUUCCAUUGUCAACAGCUCCUUUAUAAAAGGCUGUUUGAUAUGUUUAAAAAAGGUUUCUACGGCAUCUAUUUAUAUUCUGACUCAAUAGAGUUCAUGCUUUAUGUCUAGAAUCUUGGUGAUUCAUUUACAGCGAAUAUGACGGGUUUUGGUUGGCUAAAAUCCAUGAACAGAUUAAAAUUAAAGUUUGAACUCUAACCUUGUGACUAUCCUUUCAACUCAAUUUUUUCGACCACUAUUCAACUUUUAGUUGGUAUCUUUACCCCCCCCCCCUUAAAAUUAAAGUUUGAACUCUAACCCUGUGACUAUCCUUUCCACUCAAUUUUUUCGACCCCUAUUCAACUUUUAGUUGGUAUCUUUACCCCCCCCCCCCCACAAAAUCACACACACAUGAAUCAACAACACUCAUGGCGUUUUAAGACCGCCCCACUUUUUAAUUGCAUUAAAGACCCCCACCCCAUAUUCCUUCUCACAAAUUAAAGAACAAGUUAUAAAGCCUUAUUCUAACGUCCCUUGCCGUACACUAAGAGAAAAGACAUCUCUCAUAGACGGCGUCAUGCAAAAGUUGUGAAUGUUUUCACUAUAAUGUUUACAUGAGGUUUCGGUAGCCUCUAGCACGGCCUUCAGAAUGCCUAACCAUGUCACGAGUCACUUAAAACUGAGCUUCUUAAACAUUUUAACCACAAUUAUUGGCACGAAAAUGUAUUACAAAAAAAAUAAUUUAAAAAAAUGAUUUAUUUAAUUAUUUUCUUGUUCGAUUUAUGAAAACGGAUAAAAUGAACAUCUAUAUUAAACUGAAUUGUACCCCAGCCUGCCGGUAUCUGUUUUUAAUUUUAUUUUGUUGUUACAGUAUAUGUUCGCUGAAGAAGGCUUCACGCCGCCAUGUUAGUUAGUUUGUUUCUCUCAUUUCCGGUAUCUGUUUGUAUUCUUAUUUUAGCUUAAUGGAAGUUUUUCCCCUUCCUAAAUCAUACAUCUCAAAGAAAUUACAUUCGAUUAGAGACCGACCGAAUUUCGGCUUCGGUUUCAGCGCCGAAAGUGGCCAUUUUAUCAAUUUCGGCCAAGUUUCGGUUUCGGCCGAAACUGACAAGUUAACUUUCGGAUUAAUUUCGGUUUCGGCCGAAAGAGAAAAGUUAACUUUCGGUUUUUCUUCGGUUUCGGCCGAAAUUGACUUAGACUUUCGGCCAUCCGGCCGAAAGUGACUCAGGUUUUCGGUCAUUUUAAUACUCAGUGAAAGCGAUAUUUAACAACAAAUUAAGCCACAUUUAAGAACAAAUUAUGCGAUCUUUGAGAACAAACUAAACGAUAUUUAACAACAAACUAAGCGAUCUUUAAGAACAAUCUAAGCGAUCUUUAAUAACAAACUAAACGCUCUAAUAGAACAAACUAAACGAUUUUUAAGACUGAACUAUAUGAUCUUUAAGAACAAAACAAAUGAUCUUUAAUGGUAAACUAAAUGAUUUAUAAGAAUAAACUAAGCGAUCUUUAACAGAAAACUAAAUAUUCUUUAGGAACAAACUAAUCUAUCUUAAGGAACAAAAUUAAUUAUCUUUAAGAACAAACUAAGCGAUCUUUAUGAAAAAACUAAGCGAUCUUUACAACAAACUAAGCGAUCUUUAACAACAAACUAAGCAAUCUUUAUGAACAAACUAAAAGAUCUUCAACACGAAACUAAGCGAUCUUUAAGAAAAAACUAAGCGAUCUUUACAACAAACUAAGCGAUCUUUAACAACAAACUAAACGACCUUGAACAACAAAUUAAACGAUCUUGAACAACAAACUAAACGAUCUUGAACAACAAACUAACCGAUCAAUAACAACCAACUAAACGAUCUUUAAAAACAAAUUAAGCGAACUUCUAGAACCACAUUUUUUAGAGACCCUGUUUUAAAAAAAAAUAUUUUGCAUUAAUUUCCCCUCCUCCCCCCCCCCUUCCCAAUUUUCUCCUACCAUACUAAUUUUAAAAAAAAUUGUAAAGCAAUUUAAAUUACUUUUAUAUUAAAAUGGUAAAAUCCUAAGUAUUCUUAGAUCAAGGGUUUCAAACUCAAAUCAUUGGGGAAAGGGGGGCGGGGCACAGGAGAUAGUGUCUGAAUGAGUGUGGGCUAAAAAAAAAUUUAAAGCAAUUUAAAUUACUUUUAUAUUAAAAGGGAAAAAUCCUAAGUAUUCUUAGAGCAAGGGUUUCAAACCCAAACCAGUGGGGAAAGGGGGGGGGGGGGCACAGGAGAUAGUGUCUGAAUGAGUGUGGGCCGCAUCGAGUAAUCCACAAAAAAAAGCGAUUACCACUGUUACAAUCUGCUCAACCUUUAUAAAUAGCAAUAAAAUCAUUAAGGGUUCUCAAGAACUACUCAUUGUUGCCAGAGACCUGGCAUACAAAAAUACAUAGAAACAUUUAAAAAAAAAAAAAAAUCAAAAUUAGACUAGUCGGUGAGAUUCGAAUGAAACCGUCGCGGAGAGUCACGUUAUAGAUAUGACAAUAGGGGAAACGGGCCGGCGCAUUUGCACUAAACCUUUCUGUCAUGUAGCGGCCGCAAAAUAUCGUCUUGCGGGUCACAAAUGGCUCGUGGGCCGCGAGUUUGAGACCCCUAUAUUAGAUUUUUAUUUAUUAAUAUUCACGAGUAUCUAAUUUUUUAUAAAAAGAAUGUAAAUAUUUAUAAUUUCCCACAUCAUUUUCGAUGUAUGCAGAAUGUAUGCGGGAACGAAUUUCAAAAUAUCUUAAUAUUUCAUUUUCGGUUUCGGCUUCGGUUUCGGCCAAAAUUUAUUUUUAACUUUCGGUAUUUUUUCGGUUUCGGCCGAAAGUCAUUUUUAAACUAUCGGCAUUUUUUCGGUUUCGGCCGAAAGUCAUUUUCAACUUUCGGUCCAUUUUCGGCUUCGGCCGAAAUCAGAGAAUCACUUUCGGUCGGUCUCUACAUUUGAUACACAGCGCAGUUAGCACUGGCGUAGGAAGAAGGUGCGGAUGGGGGGCAGGGGGGGGGGUCAGCCCCGGGCACUUCUUUUUGUCUAUAUUGCUGAGCGAAGUCAAAACAAUCCUACUCUAAGGAGCCGAAACUAGGAGAACAGCGAGCAUCAUGCAGAAAGUGCAGACCUUCAUAAAUAAUUGCCUUAAAAUGAUCCUGAACAUCAAAUGGCCAAACAUCUUCCCCAACAAAGACUUACUACAUACCAAGAACCUAUUGCUGAAGAUACAUAAGAAAAAAGUGGAGGUGGAUAGGGCACACUCUACGUAAACCCCCAUAUAACAUCACCAGAAAAUCCCUAACAUCGAAUCCACGAGGGAAAUAUAAAGAGACUUCGGCAAAUAAUACACGUAGACGCGAGCUAGAGGAAGAGCGCACUGGAAAGGAAAUCACGAGACCGAGAUGAAUGAAAAAUUCUUGUAUACGGCCUAUGCCCCAGGCCGGGUAAAAGCCCUAAGUAAAUAUUGAUGGGCGGCAUUUUCGGCCAGGACAGCAUUUUCUGCCAACUGGACAGUUUUCUUCGUCGGGGACGAGCGGUAAAAAUCGUGGCCAGCCCCGGGUGGCACUAACCCUGGUUAAGCCGCUAGUAGUCAUAGAUUUCAAUGAAAUGGAUCUGCAAUGACUAGCACGUUAGAAAUUUCAAAUAUAUAUAUAUAUAUCAGAAUGGUUGUUGCGGAGGAGGGCUCGGGUCCUGACAUAUAACAAACUAUAUUAAUUUAGUAGUCGUUAGUACAGGACCGCUCCUCUCUGUGAUUAUAUUUUGGGUGCCUAUGCGUUGGGACAGACAAAGCACAACGUAAAUUUAAUGAAAACUCACAACUCCAACUCCAGGUGUAUGGAUGAUAUAUAUGUAUUCAUUUCUUGAAAUACUAUUUAGGAACUACUUAUUUUGAACAUUCAACUUUGGCACAGGACUAUUUAAAUAGUAUUUUUAGUAAUAAGGGGAUGCGUUGCCUUAUAUAAACUAUAAAACUGUAGUCAUUGCGCAAGACAUCAUCAGCAGAAUGAGGUCACAAAAUGUGGUGGCGUCGUCUAUAGUUGAAAAUACCAAACGAACUCGCACUUUGAACAUUGUUAGCUCAAAAAGUUCUCAAGUUAAAAUAUUGAUUCUGGUUUCAUUUUUAAAUUUGAAAUUUGCUCUACAUAACUGGAAUACUAAUACAAUUAUUCAUUAUUUUGUUGCUGAAGUACCUGCAUUUAUUAACGCACAUCAUGUACAUAAAUAAAUUUCAUGCCCAUGUUAAUAUAUUGUCGCCAUAUUGGUUUUUGGUUAUCUCGACCAUCGGUUAUCUCGACACUUUUUGGCGAACCACGAGGCUGUCGACAUAACCGAGUAUAUUGUUUUUACCUCAAGACAGCACGUGCACACAAAAGAUGAAAGAAAUGUGCAAGAUUUCAAACUAUUUAAUUAUACGUCAAUAUUACCAUUAAAUUAAAAAAAAAACACAAAGUUUAGUUUACUUUUACCAUCUACAGUUUAAGAAUCCCUGAUUGCGAGAACUAUAUGCCUCUAUCGUUUAUGAUUAUUUCAUUUCAUAUUCGGCUGUUCAAAUAAUGGGCUCUAACUCACUAACACCUCAAUAAUAUUUUCCUGACUCUUAUUUAAACAAAAUAUUUUUGAAGAAAAAGGAUGAAAAGCUUUCAGUGCAUACGUGCACCUUCGUCAAACAGGAAAUAAACCUACCUAUCCCAAGAAACUGGUUUGGCAAGUUGCAAGCAAUUCUAUUUAUUAGUUUCCACUUUGGAAUAUUAUUUUUAAAAAAACAUGGGGCACAAAUGUAGUUUUAAGUUUUUAACAAGAAUUUUAAAAAAAAUAUUUUUGAAGUAUUUACGUGAUAACAAUGUAAUGCACUAACACAAAAACCAAACUAUGUAUAUAUAUAUAUAUGUAUAUAUAUAUAUAUAUAUAUAUAUAUAUAUAUAAUAUAUAUAUGUGUGUGUGUGUGUGUGUGUGUGUGUGUGUGUGUGUGUGUGUGUGUGUGUGUGUGUGUGGGUGUGUGGGUGUGUGUUAUAUAUAUAUAUAUAUAUAUAUAUAUAUAUAUAUAUAUAUAUAUAUUAUUUAUUUGUGUGUGUGUGUGUGUGUGUGUGUGUGUGUGUGUGUGUGUGUGUGUGUGUGUGUGUGUGUGUGUGUGUGUGUGUGUGUGUGUGUAUGGGGGGAGAGCGAGAAAGAUUAUGUGAGACACCCACCAUAUGGCUAGUCCGUUAACGCAAAGUCAUCAACUAUUAAUCAUUUACUACCAUUUUCGUUUCCUACCUUAACACAUUUAACCUCUGGCCCCUGUAUCAUUCCACGUGUGUUUACCAAAUAAUCUAACUAUGAAAUAUUUCCUUCAAAUCAGAAUAUCUUCGGAGCAACGAUACUUUGGCUGGUGCUAGCAGCGCACACGGUGGUAGCGUUGGACACCAAAUUCUGUUCUGACAAGGGUACAGCACUGUAUCCCGACCCGGAGAACUGCGCCAAGUACUACAAUUGUUACGGUGGGAAGAAUUAUUCUCUCAACUGCCCGGCGUCCCUCCACUUCAACGUGGAGCUCAGCGUAUGUGACUGGCCGGAGAGUGCCAAGUGUGUCACAUCACCACCAACAACACCAACAACGACACGCACAACUACAACAACGGCGACUACCACCAGCACAACGGCUCCGACAACAAAAAUAAUACUAACAACCAUAGCAACACCGACAACCACAACAACACCGACAACCACAACAGCAGAACAUACAACUACAUCUACAACUACAACCACAACAACUUCGACAACUACAACAACACCCACAACCAAAACUACAACAGCUUCGACCACCACCGCACUGAAACCGCCGUCCCUGACCUUCUGCCGCGACAAAAUAGACGACCUUUACCCCGACCCCAUCUACUGCAACUUCUUCUACCAGUGUUACCGCGGCUUCGCCUACCACUUCACGUGUGGCCCGGGUCUACUCUACAACCAAAAAUAUCGGUACUGUGAUUGGCCUUUCAACGUAGAAUGCGCAUCCGAGAAAAUUCGCCCCGACCAGUUGACUGUUCCACCACUCAUUGCUACAUCCAACCCGACCACACGCCAACCCAUCACGCUGUCUCCACGAACGUCACAAAACUGUGGGCGUGUCGUGUGUUUUGUUUCCAACUGGGCCAGGUACAGAGUCGGAGACGGAUCUUUUUCUCCCACGGACGUCGACCCGUUUUUGUGCACGCACGUCAUCUACGCCUUCGCGAAGCUGUCGGGCAACAGGCUUGCGGCGACGGAGUCAGGCGACGAGCAGCAGGGUGAUGACAUCGGCAACUUUGCUCAGCUGACCAACCUCAAGAAGGUUAACCCCAAGCUGAAAGUUCUUCUAGCUGUCGGUGGAUGGGGCAUGGGGACGACCGCUUUUUCCGUGAUGGCUUCGGCCCCCGAACGCAGAGAAGAGUUUGUCAACACCACGAUUGAAUUCUUAAGAAAAAGAAAUUUUGACGGACUCGAUUUUGACUGGGAGUAUCCAGCCUCGUGGGGUGGUGCCAGGGAUGAUAGAGAAAACUACGCCCUACUCUGUGAGCAGCUGAGGGCGGCCUUCGAUGCCGAAGCCAGUGGGGACCAGCGGCUCAUUUUGACAGCUGCAGUAGCAGCCGGGAAGGCGAUCAUUGAUACGGCGUACGACAUCUCUAGACUGUCUGUCGCUGUGGAUUUUUUCAAUCUGAUGAGCUAUGAUUUCCACGGCUCGUGGGAUCAACAGGCUUGGCAUCACAGCCCACUGAAGCCUGGGGAAUGGGAGUCGGGAUUUGAGGAGUCCCUAAAUGUUGAGUGGGUGGCAAAAUACUGGGUCAGCAAGGGGGCGCCGAAAAAUAAGCUUGUCAUUGGAGCACCCCUGUAUGCCAGAUCGUUUAGUCUAACGUCAUCUAAAAACGCUGCAGUGGGGUCGUUCGUAUCCGGAAGUGGAAGUCCAGGGCCGUACACAGCCACGGCGGGAGUUUUGUCUUACUACGAGGUGUGUCUUCAGCGUCCGACCUCCAAGCAGUACUACAUAGAGUCUCAGAGAGUCCCCUUCCUAGUGUAUGGGGAUCAGUGGGUGGGUUAUGAAGACCAGGCGAGUCUCAGGGAGAAGGUUAAGUUUGUCAAGAGCAACGGUUAUGGAGGGGUGAUGGUUUGGGAGCUUUCGCACGACGAUUUCAGCGGACGUUUCUGCCGAGAGGGAAUUUACCCGUUGAUGAAUGCGAUUGUGGACGAGUGCUCCAAAUAAAUGUCUGAGAAAGUUGUUUAUCUAAACUAACCUUGGUCAGGAGAAUGCAGCGCAUGUUAGCAUAAGAUACGUGUGCUGCAUUUUUUGCCAGAGUGCAGCGUGGAAUUUUUUAAGUCAUCAGGAUAAAUACCAUAGACUCUGAGUCUCAACAUUUGUUGAAGUGUUUUGACAAUGUUAAACAGGUUUGUGAGAUGUUUAAUGCCUAAUUGUUAAUCUAGAGUAGGUCACCCAGGGAGACUUUGCAGGACUUUUCAUGAAAAGUAAUUUUGAUCGAGGUUCACCCAAACGGUCAUUGAAAAAAUUGGUUCGAUGUCUCAACAGAUCCCAACCCUCAUUAACUGAUUGUUGCAUUACAGGACUGUGAAUGUGUGACCUGGGCUACGUCUCCAAAUGACGAGACCUGUCAGCAAUAAGUGAUGAUAUACGUUAGAUCAGUUUCCUGCUUCAGUUAAGGCCAGAGACGAAAAGCUCAGGGGAUACUAAUUGUGGUGUAAACUUACACACUCUAUACAUUGUAAAUCUUUUUUUUAUUGUAGUAGAAAUAUUGUAUAACCUAACAACUGGCUUAGACUACAAGGCAAGUCCGAAACACUGAGUGGACAUUACUCAUAUAGGACAUUGUUUGUGUAACAGCAUUUAGCUUCCUAUAUAUUUUUUAAAAACAUUUUUUAGUAUUACAAUGUUAAACAAUAUUCAUUCCUACAGUCCCUGUCGGCCAGUCAGUGCUUGAGACAAUGGCCUAGGGACACCAUUUCUGUCAGUGGGUGCUUGAGACAAUGGCCAAGGGACACCACUUCUGUCAGUGACUGCUUUAGACAAUGGUCAUGGAACACCAUUUCUGUCAGUGGGUGUUUAUGCCAAUGGCCAAGGAACACCUUUUCUGUCAGUGGGAGAUUGAGCCAAUGGCCAAGGGACCCCAUUUCUGUUUACCAGCUGCUUCUGUGGAGCUGUCUCCAUGGCUGGGUUUCCAUUCCUCACAGCAUCUCUAAUAUUCUGUGACAUUUCCUCUGGCAUCAGAAGAUCUGAUCUCAAGUUAGAGAUUUCUUGGUGGCUUUGGUUUCAAGAGAAAUAUGGAGAGGACUGCAUUCAGGUUGAAGCCAUAAGAAAUAUACACAGGGUGGAGGAAAGCUGAAGGACAAUUAAAAAAUGUAUGUUUCAGCCAAGAAGUCUUCGGCAGCAAAAUUGUCUACUACAAAUCUACAUGCUGAGUGUGUCUUCCAAAGGCGUCUUGGUCGAAACGUCCACAUUUUUUGUAUUUUCCUUCUUCAGGUUUUCCUCUACCCUGUGUAUCUUCUUAUUGCUUUGGUUUCCCCCUGAAUGAGUUCAGUAGCCUGGCCUGCUUCUUUACUGAUGCCGAUUGUGUUGCCAUUUGUCUUUGCUUUUGUUUCCGUAUCAAAAUUUGUUAAAGGGAUUCGGGUUAAUUUAGCCUGCUAAUUUAACCUGACUUGGGUUAGGUCAGUGGUCGACAACCCAUGGUCUUGAGACACAUGGAGUGGUUUAAAGGGAAUAGAUGUGGCUCUUUUUUAAAAAAAUCUAUUAUGACAUGUGGCUCCCCAAAUAUUUUCUAAACAAUAUAAUGUAUAAUAAUGACUCCUCACUCAGGAAGUGUUGCUAGCCCCUGGGCAGAGCUGGCCCUAUGGUUGCUGGCCCCUGGACAGAGCUGGCCUUAUGGUUGCUGAUCCCUGGGCAGAGCUGGCCCUAUGGUUGCUGGUCCCUAGGCAGAGCUGGCCCUAUGGUUGCUGAUCCCUGGGCAGAGCUGGUCCUAUGGUUGCUGGCCCCUGGACAGAGCUGGCCCUAUGGUUGCUGAUCCCUGGACAGAGCUGGUCCUAUGGUUGCUGGCCCCUUGACAGAGCUGGCCUUAUGGCUGCUGGUUUAUGGUAGCUGGCCCCUAGACAGAGCUGGCCCUAUGGUAGCUGGCCCCUAGACAGAGCUGGCCCUAUGGUUGCUGGUCCAUGGGCAGAGCUGGUCCUAUGGCUGCUAGUCCCUGGGCAGAGCUGGCCUUAUGGUUGCUGGUCCCUGGGCAGAGCUGGUCCUAUGGCUGCUAGUCCCUGGGCAGAGCUGGUCCUAUGGUUGCUGGUCCCUGGGCAGAGCUGGUCCUAUGGCUGCUAGUCCCUGGGCAGAGCUGGUCCUAUGGUUGCUGGUCCCUAGGCAGACCUGGUCCUAUGGUUGCUGGUCCCUAGGCAGAGCUGACCCUAUGGUAGCUGGCCCCUGGGUUUAUGCCAUGAUGGGGUAUAAUUAAAGUAUGAUUGACAUUUAAGCAAGGAUCGCCUUCCCCCCACUUUAUUAAUUAUCUAUAAAACAGUAUUCUCUUCCUCUGCACGAAGUUUCUCAGUCAGCUGCAGAGCUCAGCAGGUUUGGGGGGGGGGGGGGCAAUCUUUUUGCCAAAAGCACUCAAAACACUAGAACCGGAUUCAAAAACAAUUAUGAUUUAACCUAUUUUUUUUUAUUUCCUUCCCCCCACUUUAUUAAUUAUCUAUAAAACAGUAUUCUCUUCCUCUGCACGAAGUUUCUCAGUCAGCCGCAGAGCUCAGCAGGUUUGGGGGGGGGGGGGCAAUCUUUAUGCCAAAAGCACUCAAAACACUAGAACCUGAUUCAUAAACAAUUAUGAUUUAACCUAUUUUUUUUUAUUUACGUAGGCCUAUUUUAUUAUACAUUAUAGAUGUUACAGAGUUGUGUAUUAUUUGUGUAAUGUGUAGGUCUUGUCUUAAUUAACCUAGAUGCUCCAACAAAUUUUAAAUAUGAUGAGAUCUUGUUAAUAUAUAUAUAUAUAUUUCUGGAACAAUUUAAAGGUUUGAGAUACAAAGCAAAUAAUAAAA